UGUGUGGAAUAGCGGGGAUGUAUGUUGUUGCUGAUGGUGGUGUUGCGUAUAUUUUUGUUUAGAUUUAGGUUGUAUUGUAAUGUAACAAAAUGGGUUUAGAACUAGAUAUCAAACGUAAAGUAUUGCAAUAAAAAUAGUAUCAACGUUUCGAUAUAUAACUCAAAAUUGGACUUCAAUAUGGGAAAUAUACAUUUAUUUUUUAUCUAAUGAUGUUAGUCACAAGCAAUAUUAUUAGCUAUGGACGAGGACAUAUCGGAAAAUAUGUCGGAGCCAGAGAUUGAAGAGGACGAGUCACGAUCAAAAAGGUUUAGAUUACCAAGAAAAGCAACUAUCGAAUACACAAAAAAACUAUGUGCCAAAGAGGAGAGAAUUGCAACUGUAAAAAAAAUUUCAUUUAUACUUCAAAAAAUUGAUAGCGAUAGAAGUGUAACAGAUAAAAAACUAUUAAAUCAAUAUAAAGAUAUAGUAGAAGAAAUUCGUGAGAGAUGGAGGAAAAGGGAAGAGGCUAAAAAGAGGUUGGAGGAAUUGGAAGACCCUGAAGAUGUUAUUGAUAAUAAAUGUCAUAUACUUGCCCAAGCAAUAGCCCAAUCACAAUAUUUGGUAGCUUAUACUGGUGCUGGAAUAAGUACAGCUGCCAAAAUACCCGACUAUAGAGGAACAAAUGGUAUAUGGACUAGAUUGCAACAAGGGAAAGACAUAGGGAAUUAUGAUCUUUCCUUGGCAGAGCCAACAUACACUCAUAUGGCAUUGGCAGAACUAUACCGCAAAAACAUUCUGAAACAUGUAGUUUCUCAAAAUUGUGACGGUCUGCAUUUGCGAUCAGGUCUACCUAGAACCGCUUUAUCAGAGCUGCAUGGCAAUAUGUCAAUUGAAGUUUGUAAGCAAUGUAAACCACCCAGAGAGUACUGGAGAUACUUUGAUGUCACUGAAAAUACAGCUAGGUUUUCUCAUAAAACAUUCAGAAGAUGUUAUGUCUGUAAUGGACCUUUGUUUGAUACUAUAGUGCAUUUUGGGGAAAGAGGCAACUUACAGUGGCCUCUUAACUGGUCAGGGGCUUGUAAGAGUGCCAGUAAGGCAACAACUGUAAUAUGUUUGGGCUCUAGUUUAAAAGUUUUGAAAAAGUAUCCAUGGCUGUGGCAAAUGGAGAAACCAGUGAAGAAAAGAGCAAAUUUGUAUAUAAUAAACUUACAGUGGACACCUAAGGAUGAAUUUGCUAAUGUUAAAUUAAAUGGAAAAUGUGAUUUAAUUAUGAGGAAAGUAAUGAAUUUGUUAGGAAUUGUAGUCCCAAAAUAUGAGAAACUUACAGAUCCUAUUUAUGCUCAUGCUACAGAAAUGCAUCAUUUAGAACUACAUACCACAACACAACCUUUUUUAAAUGUAAAGGUGGAGAAGAGUGAGCAAAAAGAUUUUAUGAGGAACAAAGACUGUAUAGCAAAUAAUAUAUCUGAUCUCAAUUGGAAAGAAGAUUCAAAAACCUGUGAUACUAGCAAUAGAUUAACAGACAGUCUCCUCAAAAGGGAUGCUGACUCUUCUUUAAAAUACCCUAUUUCUUCUAGAUUAGAGCCUAAAAGUGUUCAAACAGUCUCAUUGCCGUUAAAAGACCCAUAUUUUAUUGAUUCAAGUAAAUUUUUAGAGUUGCAAGAUAAAGUUUUUGAAAAGUAUUCUGAAUUAUUCCUUUACCCUUAUCAAACCAGUUUUAUGUAUUCAGGAUUACACAGUAUCAUCAAUCCCUUACCUACAUUUAAGGAAGAUUUUUAUUCAGCAGAUGAUGUUAAAGUUGAAAAAGUCAAGCCUGCGUGUGAUUACUGCUUCAAAUAUUUUACAUCAUCUAUUUGUUUGUUCUAUCCUAAGAACGAACCACUAUUUUUAAAUCAGAUCAAUCGCUAUAGUAAAAUUGAACAAAAAAAAAAGCCAAAUAUUUGCCUGUGCUGUGACUAUUCUACUGAUGAAGAAGAAUUGGAUAAAAUAGAGAACAUUAGUGAAAAAGACACAGUUAAAAUCAGAGCACAAGCAGGUUGGUUUGGGAAGGGGUAUAGAAAGGGACGUCGAGCGAAAAGGAGAAGUAUUUGAACAAGUUCCAGUGGUUUAAUUUUUAUCAGUAUUUUUUUUAUAUUUCGUAAGUAAUUUUAUAAUGUUCAUUAAUUCUGUCCAUUAGCUUUUUUAUAUUUAUUGUUUUUAAAAAUGUUUUUUUAUAACAGUGAAUGGUUGUAUGUCUCAAUAAAGUGUGUUUGAAUCAUA